CAAAGCAUCAAUUUUUUUUAAAAAAAAGAAAAAAAGCAUCAAUUUUUUUUUAAAAAAGAAAAAAAGCAUCAAUUUUUUUAGCAGCCGUGAUUAGGGAAAGGCAAAAGUUAAAUGGCUACAAAUCCCAGCAAUGGACUUGAAGGUGACAACACUCUCCAGUCUAUCUGCUACCACCGUGGUUCACUUAAGCUUCUUGAUCAAAGAAAGCUUCCUCUGGAGACUACUUACUUAGAUAUCAAAGAUGCUUCUGAUGGAUGGUUGGCCAUACGGGAGAUGGUAGUUCGAGGGGCGCCUGCCAUUGCUAUUUCAGCAGCACUUUCUCUUGCCGUCGAAGUUUCUAAUUUGGAGAAUUUUAAUGGGACACCUGUUGAAGCUGCUUCUUUCCUUGCAGGGAAACUGGAUUAUCUUGUUUCAAGCCGACCAACUGCAGUCAAUCUCUCAGAUGCUGCAACGAAACUUAAAGAAGUUGUAUCAAAGGCUGCUGCUGCUGCUGCUUCCAACUGUCAGAGUGUUUUUCAGGCUUACAUAGAGGCAGCUGAAAUUAUGCUAGCAGAUGAUGUUGCUUCAAACAAAGCAAUUGGCUCAUAUGGAGCAAGGUUUAUUCAGAACCAACAGAAAGAUCCUACAAAACUGUCUGUUUUGACCCAUUGCAACACUGGCAGUCUUGCAACAGCUGGAUAUGGUACUGCCUUGGGUGUGAUUCGUGCACUUCACAGUGAAGGAGUGCUCGAGAGGGCCUACUGCACAGAAACUCGUCCGUUCAAUCAGGGAUCUAGACUCACAGCUUUCGAAUUGGUACAUGAGAAAAUACCUGCCACCCUUAUAGCAGACUCUGCUGCAGCUGCAUUAAUGAAAGACAGUAAAGUGAGUGCUGUUGUUGUUGGAGCUGAUCGUGUGGCUGCAAAUGGAGACACAGCUAACAAGAUUGGAACCUACAGCCUUGCCUUAUGUGCAAUGCAUCAUAACAUUCCAUUUUAUGUUGCUGCACCACUUACCUCCUUUGAUUCAUCCCUUUCUUCUGGAAAAGAGAUCAUUAUAGAGGAAAGAUCUCCUAAGGAAAUGUUGAACGCACGUGGAGGACUUGGGGAACAAGUUGCUGCAUCCGGAAUUUCAGUAUGGAAUCCAGCUUUUGAUGUUACCCCUGCCAGCUUGAUCAGUGGUAUCAUAACAGAAAAGGGUGUCAUCACCAAGACGGGCACUGAUGAUUUUGACAUAAAGGAUUUCAUAAAUAAGGCUGUCGGCCAGUGUAUUGCGUAAGAGGCCAAUGUAGUGAACAAGGUUUUGGUUGGUAAUUUGAAGAGCUAUCUGCCUGCUUUGUAUUCAAGCUUCUAUGAUUACAGACCCAUCUGAUUGUUAUAAUGGUUGUAAUUUCAGUGCAAAAGCACAUAUUCUAUA